GCAGUUGAAUGACAAGGCUUUCCCGCUUUGGGGGCGUUUUGGGCACCGGAGCCGGUGACGUAUAGCAACAACCUGGACAAGCCACUUCCUCCGCGUCCGAGCAGCUGGCUGGACGUACUACCGCCGCUGGUGUUGCGUCAUAGGGCGGACAAUCUGCGGAUAUUGGAUUUGUCCUUCCUCACGGGCAUCACUGAUGCAGCAAUCGAAGGCAUCGUGCAUUUCGCACCCAAGAUACAACAUUUGCAACUGUCAGGUUGCAAGCAACUCACAGACAGGGCACUCGAAAGCAUAUGCAGGCUCGGAGCUCAUUUGGAUGUACUUAUUCUUGGCCACAUCGGCGGUACACCGACCGGGGAAUAGUGUCGCUGGCGCGGUCUUGCACAAACCUUCGGUGUGUCGACCUCGGUUUUUGUAGAAAUCUCACAGACAUGUCUGUGUUUUGUUUGGCGGAACUUGGCAGCAUCCGCCGUCUCAGCCUAGUAAGGCUACACCGACUGACCGAUAUCGCUGUGUUUUCUCUGGCAGAGCAUGCGUUGGAUCUGGAGAGGCUCAACCUCUCCUACUGUGACCGGUUGACCGUGCAGGCCGUGCACCUGCUCACGAAGCGGCUAUUGAAGUUACAGCAUCUCUCAGCGACCGGGAUCCCUUCUCUGAUCGAUCGCCCCGGGCUCCACCGCUUCUCGGAUGCAUGCCCCCCGGUGCGCAUUUUCCACUUGCGCGAU